AUUUUUUCCCUCGACUUUACUGAGGCUGCGCAGAGCGGCGAUGUCCAACGCCUGCUUUCUGUGUGCUCACUGUUGUUCAAAGCAAACGGAGAGCAAACUGAGACCUUCGGCGUUUUUAAUGGGAAACAGAUCCAGGUUUUGCCGAUAAAUCAGCCAGAGAGGGGGAGAGAAGGCGGAAGAGCUGCAGAGACGAAGGAGCGACAGAGGACAGACGGGCAGAACAUCGGGAGAGAGGAAAAUGCUGCAGAUUUGACUUGGAGAUGUCUAACGUUACCAUGGAAGCGACCACCAUCCUCCCCAUCCUCAAGAAGAAACUGGCGUUUCUGUCCGGGGGGAAAGACCGGCGCAGCGGUCUGAUCCUGACCAUCCCUCUGUGUUCAGAUCAGACCAGCAUGGAGGAGCUCAGCGACACGCUGGACUACCUGCUCAGCAUCCCCAGUGAGAAGUGUAAAGCUCGAGGUUUCACUGUUAUUGUGGACGGACGGAAGUCUCAGUGGAACAUCGUGAAGACUGUGGUGCUCAUGCUUCAGAAUGUGAUUCCUGCAGAGGUGUCGCUUGUCUGUGUGGUGAAGCCCGAUGAAUUCUGGGACAAGAAGGUCACACACUUCUGCUUCUGGAAGGAGAAAGACCGACUGGGGUUUGAGGUGAUCCUGGUUUCAGCCAAUAAACUGACUCGUUACAUUGAACCCUGUCAGCUGACGGACGACUUUGGAGGAAGCCUGGACUACGACCACAGCGACUGGCUCAGCAAGAGACUGGUUUUUGAAAAGUUCACUAAGGAGUCGACGUCGCUGCUGGAUGAGCUCUCGAUCAUCAACGAUGGCGAGAAGAGCAGCUCGAUGGACAAAUCAGCCGACUGUGCCCUCCUGCCGUCCUUUGACCCAGAGACCGUCCUUCAAACCGGCCACGAGCUGCUCUCGGAGUUGCAGCAGCGGCGGUUCAAUGGCUCAGAGGGAGGAGGAGGUCAGGGAGGUCCGGCCUGGUGUCCCAUGGAGGAGGAGCUGCUGGCUCAGCCUCAGGUCAUGAAGCUGCUGGACUCGCUCCGGGAGCAGUACACCAGGUACCAGGAGCUCUGCAGGCAGCGGAACAAGCGCACGCAGCUGGACGAGAUCCACGCGAAGGUCAUGCAGGUGGUGAACUGGCUGCAGGGACCAGGUUCAGAGCUGCUGAAGACCCACCAGGCGAUCGGAGACUCGAUGCGGGCGGCUCAGGCCCUCCAGCAGAAACACGAGGAGAUCGAGAGCCAGCACAGUGAGUGGUUUGCCGUGUAUGUGGAGUUGAACCAGCAGAUCGCUGCCUUGCUUAGUGCAGGGGAGGAGGAGGAGGCUGCUGAGCUUAAGUCGCUGCAGCAGCAGCUGAGCGACGUCUGUUACCGCCAGGCGGCUCAGCUGGAGGGUCGACAGAACGUCCUGCAGGCGGCACAGACCUUCCACAGCACCACGCAGGAGUUGUCCCAGCAGUUAGACGGUCUACUAGGCAUGCUCUGUGCUGACGUGGCUCCAUCUGAUGGAGCUUCAAUUCAGCAAAACCUCAAACUGCUGGAGGAGAAGCUACAAACUGUCGAGGCAGGUCUUGCUGCCCUGCGUCAGAAGGGCGGCCUGCUGCUGGAGCAGAUGUGCAGUCAGCCGUCGUGGGCUCUUGAGGAAACGGAGAGCCCCGCUGGAGAACAGCAGGACAACGUUCAGCACAUCCAGUCCGUGAUGGAGGAGAUGCAGCAACGCAAGCAGAGGUGUGAGGAUAUGGUGGAUGUGAGGAGACUGAAGAUGCUACAGAUGGUCCAGCUGUUCAAAUGUGAAGAGGAUGCUUUACAGGCGGUAGAGUGGCUCGGGGAGUUGUUGGACGCUCUGCUGAAGACCCACGUUCGACUGGGCGACGAGUCACAGGAAACGAGGACCAUGUUGGACAAACACAGGAAGUUUGUGGAUGUCGCGCAGAGCACGUACGACUACGGCCGUCAGCUGCUGCAGGCGACUGUCGUGCUCUGUCAGUCCCUGCGCUGCACGACGCGCUCGUCCGGAGACACGCUGCCGCGACUUAACAGGGUCUGGAAGCAGUUCAGCGUCAGCGCGGAGGAGAGGCAGCAGAGGCUGGAGCUGGCUCUGAACUUCCACAGCGCUGCUGAGAAGGUGUUACAACAGGAAUGUGUGGAGGCAGAUUCCCUGGAUGAAGUUGACUCGUCUGGAAAAACUCUGCUGGACAGAUUAACCAUGCCUAUUAUCUUCCCUGAUGGGAGUGAGCAGUACUUCGGGAGUCCCAGCGACACGGCGGCGGCAGCAGAGGGCGUCAGAGAGCGCCUCCUGCUGGUGGAGGAGCGGCGGCUGCAGCUGCAGGAGGCGCGGCUUCACAACGCCGACGAAGACGAGGCGCUGAUGGUGCAGGGGGCGGGGCUUGAUGUGAUCGGAGAGGAACUGAGCGAGAAAGAGGAGCAAGACGAGGAGGAAGAGAAGGAGGCGGAGCAACGGGAUGAAGAGUUUGAGAGAGCCACGCAGGACUGCUAACGCCUGGCGCUGACCCGAGCAGCCUUAACGAGGGGCAGACCUCUGACUGAUUCUCCCCAUCCAGGAAAUCCUUCCGUCGGUUGCUUCUGUUUCACUGCAGCAGUAGCAGGGCUUUACCUGCUGCUGUUUUUCUACAUUAUAAACCACAUUACCCAUCAACCUCAGUGCUUAAACGCUACAAAAGAGGAAAAAAGGAACGUCCACAAUGGUUUGCAUUUGAGCAACCCAGCGGAUUGGAAAAACUGGAAUAAUUAAAACUCGAGUCUCUGGAUGCUCUGUUAACGACUAUCGACUGUAAAAUAAGAACGCUCCUAACACGCCUACCACCACCACCACCACCUCCUCCUCCUCCUCAGCAUGCAUAUUCGCCUGAGAGGUGGUCGAUCUUCCAUGGUGCUAACACGGUUACCUACGUUUCUGUCUGUGCCUCCUGCUUCCUCUAAUUCUCUUCCUUUGAAUGAAGAUGAACUCAGCUUCUGAAAUAGGACCUUGAAGGACAUUUCUCCGUUAAAUGUCAUCUGAUGCUGGAGCGUUUAGGCAUUUUGAAGGACAUGUGAGAACCACCAGUACAGAGAAACUAAAGGAUUCUGUUUUAGUCAAAGGCGCCACUGAGUCUGCAGCAGAAGACGACUACGAGUCCCAAAGAACAUGACAAGGCAUCAAAGAAAUGAAAUGUCUGUUGAACAUAUGUCUGAAAACAUAUGACGUUUACAAUUAUUAGAGUUUAUUGUUUUUGUCUCUUUUGAAUUUCAGUUCAACUGAUUGACAUGUGUCGUUGGAAUACUCUCUGGGACUUGUAGUCAAAUCAGCUGUAACGCUACUGUACCCAUGAUGCCAUAUUUAAGGACUCAGAAGCUCUGACCAUGUUGCUGUGCUAAAUGAAACCCUCAAAGCCAAGUCAAAACACUCUGGUCCAGCCUCACCACAGACUCAUAUCACCUUUGACCCCUGCUGCCAGUCUAGUUCCCUCUAGAAGGACUGGGCGCUGCCAUGACACAGGUGGUCAUUUGCCAACAUGGUGACGUCAGAAUAGGACAGAUUUGUUCUUGACAUGUUUUAUUGUCCCAAAUGAACCCAGCUGUAAUUGUUUGCUGUUUCUGACGAGUAGCAGCUGCUCUAAGUGUAACUUCUACAUCUCUACUGCUCCCCCCAUCCAGUAACAGUGAUCAGUAAAACAUCAACAUCUCAAUAAAGACGCUUUUUGAACUAUGA